ACGCUCUGCGGGGCGGCGUCACGUGCAGCCAGGAUGGACCAGGAGCGCACAAACUGCCCGAAAUGAGGCCGCUUUAUGCUAUUUUGGCCGCAGGGACUGUAGCGAGCAGCGGGACGCUGCUGGCGCUGAUUCUGUACUUUGUUUUAUCCACAACGUCCCAGCCGACAGAGGAUUGGCAGCGAGCUACAUCCGUUUAUGAAUUCAACGCAACAGACAUCGAUGGGAAUUUGGUGUCCCUCGAGAAGUACAGGGGAGAUGUUCUCAUCAUCACCAACGUUGCCUCUAAAUGAGGCAAAACCCCCGUAAACUACGCUCAGUUUGCUAAGAUGCACGCCAAGUACACUGAGAGAGGUUUACGCAUCCUCGCCUUCCCUUCCAACCAGUUUGGGAAUCAGGAGCCGGGCAAUGAGACUCAGAUCAAGCAGUUCGCCCAGUCCUAUGAUGCUCAGUUUGACAUGUUCAGUAAGAUCGAGGUGAACGGCGAGAACGCUCACCCGCUGUGGAAGUGGCUGAAGGAGCAGCCCAAUGGGAGGGGCACAUUUGGGAACAGCAUCAAGUGGAAUUUCACUAAGUUUUUGAUCAACAGAGAGGGACAGGUGGUGAAAAGAUACGGACCUCUGGAUGAUCCCAGUGUGGUGGAAAAGGAUCUUCCCAAAUACCUUUAAUUCUCCCCGAUCAUUCCUCAACUAUUAAAUGAUCCACUUACUCUGCCGUAUCUCCCCAUUCUUCCUUUCCUCUCUACCUCUUCCAACAACCGGUUCAUAUGGUUAAGGUCCAUCCCAGACCAGUGACGGUCUGUUCCAAAACCCGCAUGGCGGACAGGACAGACCCGAUGAAAACGGCGUGCAAACCUUCUGGAAGGAUCCCGAAGCUGAUAUUAACCUGGUUGUCUGGAGAGAAGGAGGAUAGGUUCCCUGUAAACAGUCAUCAUUAACCUACAUAAAGUGUUGCUUUUAAAAAAACUAAAAUAAAACUUACUGAGUUUUUGAUCCAAAUAUAA